UAAUUGUGAACGUCCCAUAUUUAAGUUCAACUUAGCUACUUUAUAAUGACAAAUUCCGGAGCCUUCCACCUAUUAUUUGCACUCGCACGGACCGGACGACUGUCACACCGCCAAACAGUCGGGAAACGGAUAUGAAGUCUGUUCACUGCGUUCGGUAAGAGAGAGGGUCGACAAAACAUUUUUGUCGUGUUGAUAACUUAACGCUUCGACUCUAUUCAUUAGCUUUUGGUCGUAUUUGUUCCCGCUUCCCCUGAAUUGUUUUAACAGUAUUCUGGGGUGCAAUGGACGACAGCAACGCAGUGAAGCUCUUUGUUGGGAAUCUGGAUUUGGAAACCACACAAGAUGACCUAAUAGCACUUUUUGCCCCUUAUGGAGAAGUGGUGCACUUAACUGUACUGAGGCAGUUUGCCUUUGUCCAUCUGCAGGGAGAAGGGGCUGCUGACCGUGCCAUCCGUGAUCUGAAUGGUCGAGAGUACCGUGGCCGGAGCCUUGUAGUUGAGGAAUCCAAAGGGAGGCCCCUCAAUUCCACCAAAGUAUUUGUGGGGAACCUGUGUGCUUCUUGUUCAGUUGAAGACCUGUAUGAGCUCUUCUCGGCUUACGGCAAAGUUCUUGAUUGUGACAAAGUAAAGACAAAGCUCUCUUCUUUAACAGGCUACGCCUUUGUGCACAUGGAGCGCAAAGAGGAUGCAGAUCAAGCCAUAGAGGGUCUUCACGGGACCUCAUUUAUGGGACGCCCCCUCGCAGUGGAGCUCUCAAAGGUACAGCAGACCACAAACAAGGUUCCUUGUGCCAGCUGUGGCGCGCAUGGGCACUUUGCAGGAGAAUGCCCAAUCAACAGGCCUCCCAUGGAGCACCACCAGAGUCAGGCUGCUGUCUUAGCUGCAGCUGCUGCCGCCGCCGCUGGGCUUCCUCUUCAGGUGCAGCAGAGUGUCCACAACUCUUUUUACAACACUGCGAGCAGUGACCCGACGUUUGCAGCUCUGAAAGACUUGACCACUUCCAGGGUUGAUGGCAAACCUGUCAGUGCCGCGGUGUACGGGGCUUUGGCGAGUCAAGUCUAUAGUGCUGUCGCAGACCAGGUGCUCAGCUCGUCGACAAGCCAGGCUGGAAAUGGCUACCCCACUGAAGGAGAAGCUCCCCCGGGCGCUACUGCAGUUAACCCUGCCUACGGAGCAAAUUCCUCUCUGUACGGUGCCAGUCCAGCUUAUGGGACCAUGGGAGGCACAGAGCCUGACCCCCAAGCCAUGUUUGAAGCCGCUCGGGCCCGAUUCUUUGAGCAGGGACAACAAGUUCUGGCCGAACAGCAGGCUGUGACCAAAUCCGACCGAGACCGAAGUCCAAUAAGGCGCUCGGCCCCAUUACUGCCUGACCCGGUUCCCCAGCCGUUCUCCCAGACACGACCCAAACGACGGGCCCUGCUCCCAACACCACCUGGUGGUCCAGAAUUACCUGCAGUUAAAAAUGGAGACCCAAUUGCAAGGUGCUAUGCAGAGUACUACCAACAGUACCAGCAGUACCAGCAGUACCAACAAUACCAGCAGUACCAACAUUACCAGCAGUACCAGUACAGCUAUCCGCCGCCUCCACCGCCACCUCCUCCGAUGGCCAUGGUGCCUCCAGGCCCAAUGGAUCCGCAGCAGAUGGCCGCCCCUGGCACCACAGUUUCACCAAGAGUGUAUGAGCCAACUUCAGCACACAAGGAGCCCCUCCUACGCCAUCCUGAUUACUCUCACCAACACACAUCUGAGUCCCCAUAUCGAUAGCCCCCAUUACAUGAGUGUGUGCACACGUGUAUGGCUGUGAAAAUGUGUGCGUGCGUCAGUUUUGGUCCUACAUGACAAAAUAAACUGGAGGAAAGGGAUAAAUUGAGUUUAUUUUAGUUUCGCAGUUAUUUCCUUCGCAUAAUGUCAAACAUGUCAUUAUGUACAGAAUGUAGAAGUUUACAAGGCCAUUUUGAUUCUGAGCCCUUCUCGUUUUUUCCCCCCCUUAUUUUUUCGAAGUGCUCAGAAUUACAUUAGCUGUCAGUUUUAUAGAUAAAAUACCCGUUGGGUCAAACAUUCUCUGAAGUCAAAAGACUGUGCCUUGUAAAAAUAAACUUUUUUUUGUACAGACUUUUGUAAAAUCAAGUACGUCAGCUAAGGUACAGUUUUAUUAAAUUCAUGGUUCAGCAAAGGAGCAAGUCUCAGUCGAAUAUCUUAAUCCAAAUUGUUGUCAGUAUAUUGUAUUUGGCUUAGGCUGAUGUUCAAUUUCACACGACUAGGAAGACAGCAUAGUUUAGAUAGAAUAUAAAGAGGACCUGUGUGAAGUGUGUGUGUGAGUGGGAACACAAUGUUAACAGUUUGGCUGAGCCCUUAGCUUACAUGAGCACCACAAUCACAUGCACAUCAUACUUAUUUUGUAUAGUCCUAUUUGAGUAAGGGUGGUGCAUAUCAUGGAUAUUAUAUUUAGGUAAAUCCGUACCAAACAAAUACACAUCUGUACUUAAACGCUCUAACCACUGCCUCACUAGUGCAGAUGGUUACGCCUGCCCAGUUCAAAUACAAUAAAACUGAAAUUAAAAUCGCCUGUCGCGAAAGAGAGGUAAGGACAGAUUAACUGCAAAAGGGACACGUUUAAUUUGUCGCUCGAUAAGCAUAUUCAAUGUUCUAAAUGUUUUCCAUUUGGAUACCUAUAUUGACUCUGAAUGAGUUUGAGAUGUCGUUGCUAAAUAGCAAACGGAACUGGUUCUAUAGCCUGCCAGUAGCAGUUAUGCAUGUUUUGCAGGAUUUAAAGAGCAACCGACUGCCAUCUCUGGCUUGCAUCAUUCUCUUACAUGGACAAAAUACUUGGGAGUAUUGACUUGCUAGUACGGGUGGUACCCCUCAAAUGUCUUUAAAAGAGAAUGAGGUUUUUACGUUCUUGUUUCCUUUGAAAGUAGCCCCAUGCAAUUACUAUUAUGUUUCUCUGACCAUUUAUUUUGUUCACUUUAUUAUAGUCUCUUUAUUAUUAAAAGUCAUGUGAAAUUAUUUCAGGGGCUUUGGGGUGGAAACAGUUAUUUAGGUGGGGUGGGGGAGGGGAGGGCGGUGAUAAACUUGUUCAGGCCUGACAUAGUUAAGGCAAUUGAGUGAAAAAAACAAACAAACAGUGAAGUGCUUCAUACAAUUGUAUUUUUGUUCUUAAGGAAAAAAAUGUGCUGUCCAAUUUGAGCAUUUUAGGCAAUUCAAUUAAACGUACAUGUUAUAACAUUAUAAACUGAAAGUGUGUGAAUAAUUCAUCCAGGUUAGAAUGCCAGAAGAUUCAAACUUUUGUAAAGUAUGAAGGGAAUCUACUCAAAUUCUUAGUUUCAGCAAUAUAAUUUUUGCUAAAAUUUCAAAGCGAUACAGAUGUUAUGACUGUUGAGUAGCUUCCCUUCAGACACAAAAGUAAAUGAUUUGAAAUUGGAAGGUAUGAUAAAAAGAAUGGUUUGUAAUCAUGUUAUGUAUGUCCUCUUUUCCUAGAAUGCCCCUCAGGCAGUCUUCAGUCUUUCAUUCCAAAGAAAUAUGGUGGGGUACACACACAAAUCUCACUUGGCACACACAACCAUUCAACUUCAUCUCUUUGAUUACACUUCACAGGCAAAAAAAAACACUGUAGUGUUAAUGUUCUCAAUUUGAUGUAUGAUAGAAUGGAGAUGGAAAGGUGGUGGCGGUGUAGCUUUUUUCAGCACACCUGGACUCCACACAAAUGAUUCUACACAGUAAAUUGUCUGUUUUGUUUAUUAUAAAUAGUGUAUGUCUCUUGUUAUUAUUACUGCUGUUCCAGCCACAUUUUCCCUUUUCGCUAACUACAGCUAAAAUGGCUCCCGGGCCUCAGGACGCCAAGUUGAGCAUGACGGGGGAAGAGAAUUAGCGCCCCACAAUGCCUCGGACGUGCUCCCCACUAAGGUAAAGCCAUUUGCCCCCAACCACGCCUGCACCUCGAUUAUACACUUCCCCAUGAUUCUAACAGACCCAUAUUAGUUUAUACUGACAUUACAGUCAACACAAUGGGGAUGGCACAUAUUUUCUGCUAUGUGGUUGGAUCAGUGCCUAUUGUGGGGGAAUUGUGGUGUUUUUUUUCUUUAGCCUGGAGCAGUAGAAUCAGCUCAUUUAGCUUCCCCAAAAUGCUCAUGGUUUGGAAUUUUGUCUAAAACUUAAUUGGCAGAAAAUCUAGUUCUUUUCUGGGCUAUUUUUUUUUUUUCAUGUCUUUUGAGUUAAAUUUUUUGCCCCAAAUUCUCAUGAUAAAAGGUUUUAGUGCCUUUGAGGUUUGUUUUCUGGCAGUAUGCUUUCAAGUCGAGCUGGAAAUAAAUUUCCAAGUGUUUUCUCACGCAGUUAGAGGGAAGAAUGGCUGACAUUUGCCUUGGCUUGUUCUCUGGCAUUUAGUCUUUUUGAAGCACUUCCAGUUGGCGAGAUGAGGCGCUUCAACUGUUUGUGAAUACUUAAGAAGGGUGCAGAGCUGUCCAAAAGUAGGGCAAUGAACUCGUAGGUGAGUAACCAAUGCGUCCAGCUCACAUCCACCUCAACUUUCAGCUUCACAAGAUCAUAGAUUCCACUGCAACACACUGAUUUUAGCUUUAACUCUAAGAGAAGGGUUAUUGAUUCAGAUUGCUUCUGCAAAUUGCUCAUGAAAGAAAAACAUACAUUUUUCAGUUUUUUUUUUUUUUUCAGUUUUUUUUUCCAGUUCACUCAGGGUAACGAUUGUGCAUGAUUUUGAAUGAUGAUGUCCACAUACAGAUUUGAAUAAGCAAAAUGAACUCUUUAAGGUUUAAUUCCCCAAAAAUUAAAUUUCUGUCAUUACUCGCCCUCAUUUUGUUUUAAACUCGUAAGACCUUCAUUCAUCUUCAGAACACAAAUUAAGAUAUUUUUGAUGAAAUCUGAUGUUUCUGAACAGGCCAUUGGCAGCAACGUCAUUACAACCUUUAUGGGCCUUGAAAGUUUCAAAUACAUCGUUAAAAUAGUCCAUGUGACUACAAUGGUUCAACCUUAAUGUUAUGCAGUGAUUAGUAUACUUUUUGUGUGCAAAAAACAAUCAAAAACAACUUUAUUUUACAAUUUCUUCUGUUUAAUGUCAUUCAGUGCAGAGGUUCUGGGUUCUAUGUUAGAACACUGGUUCAUUAUUUGCCAGCUCCCGUGAACACCGUCGGCCAAUAAUGAGGCAGCGUUCUGACAUAGAACCCAGAAGCACUGCAUUGUGAUAACUACGUGAUCAGCGUAAGAGACUGACACGGAAGAAUAGAAAUUGUUGAAUUAAGUUAUUUAUUGAUUUUUUUGCAACACAAAGUUAUCGUCGCUGCAUACCAUUAAGGUUGAACCAUUCUGGUCACAUGGACUAUUUUAAUGAUGUUUUUACUACCUUUCUGGGCCAUUUAAAUAUUUAAUUGACAUUGCUGCCUUUGGUUGGUGCAGAAACCUUUCAGAUUUCAUCAAAAAUCUUAAAUUGUGUUCCAAAGAUGAACAAAGGUCUUGCGGGUUUGGAACGACAUGAGUGCGAGUAAACAAUGACAGAAAUUUCAUUUUGGGUGAACUGAACUUGCAAAUGGUGCAAAUUUGAAAUUGUAUUUGAAAGCCCUUGUUUAAGGUAAGCCUAUUCAGCCAGUCACUUGAUACAAAACCAUUUCUUAUCUGAAAUGAACCGUUUUUUUCGAAAUCAGUGUGCAUUCCUUUAUUAAAAAGGCUUUAACCUCAAAUGUUUCAUUCAAAUUUUAUAAUACUUUACAGUUGAUAUAUUGAUAUGAUGCAUUUUGAUUUUGUGUCUUUCACACCUUCCAAUGGCUUCACCUCUGAUUGAUUUAAAGGUGCUUUGAAAAGCUGGGCAGUGGAGCAUUAUUUGUGGAUAAACUAUGAUUGUAGAUAAUCCAGAACUGAAAUAUUCAGUGAUUCAGGGAAGUUCAAGUAUCAUUGAUCAUUUUUUCUAGGUCUGAAUGGGCAACUUUCAUUGUGGUCUAUGUAAUUGUCUUAAUGUCUGAAUCUGAAUCCUAACGUUUUUUAUUUGCAAACUGGCUUUAGUGCCAUGAUCUUUGUAUUUUCUUCUUGUAAAGUUCAAUAAAUGAUGCUUAAAGCGUA